UUUGAGAUUUUUAUUUGAAGAACUUCUUAAUGUUAAGAUGAAUAAUACAUUAGAUUCUAUUAGACCUUCUGACAAUCAUAAUCCACAAGAAGAGGUGUCAUAUCUAUUUGCUAGAGAUCCUAGUAUAUUAGCUUAUGGACAAAGACCUUUUGUAUCAAAAGACACAAAAAAGAAUUUGCUGUCUUCUUAUGAAAUUGAAGAAAGUAAUUAUGGCAGUGAAAAUGGAAUGUUUGGUUUGGAACCUCAAACCUUUCAAACUGCCAAAGUAUAUUUACGAUUGAAACCAUUUCCCAAGAAAUUAAAGUUAACAGAAGAGCAAACGAAUGCUUAUAAAAUUAUCAAUUCAACCACUUUAUUCACAAGAUUACCUACUUUAGAUAAUAACAGCAGUUGUGUCAAGAGAUCCAAUAGUACAGAUAUUGUGUGUAGGAAAUUUACAUUCACUAGAACAUUUGGACCAGAAACUACUCAACUAGAAUUAUUUGAGGAAGCUGUGAAACAACAUAUGGUAGAUUUUUUAGCUGGGCAAAAUUCUACCAUUAUGACAUAUGGUACAACAAAUUCAGGAAAAUCUUAUACUUUACAAGGGACUACUACCUCACCUGGAAUUAUACCAAGAUGCUUAGAAUUUGUUUUUUCUAACAUUACUCCAAAAUCCAUUCCUUCUUAUAAGCCAGUGAAUCAUUGUGAUGUUGUUACUUUGAGCCCCAUUGAGCGUGCUCAAGAAUUAGAAAUAAAAACCAAAUUGUUAACAUUUGCUUCAGUAGAUAAGCAUCAAUACAUCAAUGCUUACAAAGAGAUGCAAAAAUUAUUGCAAGAAGAAUCUCCAAUUCGACCUAGUCAAUGCAUUGAUGCACAUUAUUCUGUUUGGGUUUCCUUUGCUGAAAUCUACAAUGAAAUUGUAUAUGAUCUUCUAUCCAAUGAAUGUCAGAAAAAGAGAACAGCUCUUAAACUAGCAACAGACUCUCAGGGAAGAGCAUUCAUAAAAGGUUUAAAGACUGUUUGUGUGAAUUCUGGAUCUGAAGCAUAUCAAGUUCUAAUGGCUGGCCAGUAUAAUUUAAAAGUAGCUGCAACUGCCCUAAAUGCUAGAAGCUCCAGAUCACAUUGCAUAUUCACUAUCAAAUUACUGAAAUAUUAUGUUGAGAAUGAUCCUAACUCUGUUGAAGUUAGCACGUUUGCAUUUUGUGAUCUUGCUGGUUCAGAGAGACUGAAGAAAACAUUAAAUAUUGGAGAAAGACUAAAAGAAGCUCAGAAUAUCAAUACAAGCUUGCUAGUUUUAGGAAGAUGUUUAAAAACAAUUCAUGAAGGACAAGUAUCCAAACAGAAACUAGAACACAUUGGUCCAUUUAGAGAAUCAAAGUUGACCAGGUUAUUUCAAAAAGCACUAUCUGGAAAAGAGCAAAUAGCUCUGAUAGUAAAUAUCAACCCCAUACCCAACUUAUAUAUUGAAACGCAGAAUGUUCUCAAUUUUUCCGCUAUCGCGAAAAAAAUAGUUAUAGAGCAAAAGAAGGAACAACAGAAAAAGAAUAAGUCAAGAUUUUCACAAAUUGUUGGACAAAGUAUAAAAACAGUAACUGACUGGGAUGAUAUAGAUCUAAUGUUAACUAAAAAUGAGGAUUGCCAAAAUGUUGAUGAAGACGAAAGUAGAAGUCAUUACGUUCACACUGAAGAGUACGAAGAGUUAUUGUGCGAAAAUGAAAAACUGAAGAAAGAGAUUGCUUCGUUAAAGAGUUCUGCGUUAACUCGCGAUUUACAAAUACGUCAAGAAAUGGCUGAUACUUACACCGCUAUGAUGAAAGAGCUCGAAACGGAAUGGAAAAAUCGCAUAAAAGAUGUAGAAGAGCAACAAGAAGAUGCACUUCAGUGGUCCGUGAAACAAGUUGAAGAUUUUUACAAGCAGAAAUUAGAUCAGUUGAGUUGCCGCAAGAGAAAGCGUUCAAUUUAUUCUGACGAUGAAUCCGACGACGACGAAAAAAAGAUUAACGAAUUAGAAGUAGAAAAUUCACGUUUAACAUCGAAAAUCGUGUUGCUGAAAAAUAAUUUGAAAGAGAUCAAGGAAAUAAAUCAAGCAUUAACCGUAGAAAAAAAUAAAGUAACAUUUGAACUGGGCUUAACGAAAGAAGACUUAAAAAGCGCAAAGAAUCUACUGGAUUCAGCCCAACGGGACGUUAAUUAUGACGAGGAUACAAAAUGCUUGGUCGAAGAAUUAAAAUCUCAAUUGUUUGCAAAACAAGAACAGACUAAGAAAUUGAAAGUGUUUUUAAAUGAAGCAAAAGAAGAGUAUAUUGCAAUUACUACAGAAGUGAGAGAAAAAGAAUAUAUAAUUAAAGAACAGGAAGAAGAGCUGUUUGAGAAGCAGGAGACUAUAGAUGAAUUAGAAGGAGAACUCACGGAUAUUAAUAUUUGUUUAACAGAAAAGACCAAAACAAUAGAAAUAUUAGAAGAACAAUUGGAGGUUCAAACUAAGAAAAUUAAGGACGAUGAAAAUAAAGUGCAAUCUAUGCAGGAACAAAUAGACAAAUUGGAAAAUGAAAAGUUAUUGUUGCUGGAUGAAGUUGAAUUAUUGAAGAAAACAGUUCUUACUACAAAUAGUGUGAAAGAUCUGAGUUGUGUUAUUGAAGAACCUGAAAAACCUUCUGAUUGUUGCAACAAAGAGAAGCUGCCGCCAUCUUCUCCUGUCAAAGAAAAAAUAAAUAAUACACCCGAAAAUACUGAAACGGAUACCAAAACAGGAAAUGAGAAAGUGGAUACUCAGAUGCAAGAAAGAAUAAUUGCGAUAGACGAAGAGAAUUUAGCUCUAAAAAAGAAAUUAACUCAGAGUUCGAGUGAAAUACAGAAUCUAAAAGAAGAAUUGGAACAUGCUAAAGUUAAGCUAAAAGAUAUAUCCGAACAUAUUCGCAAUUUGCAAAUUAGUAACAUAAAGUACAAACCCGAAGAUGUUCAAAAUAAAGUAGCCGUAGAAACUGUAGAAAUAGGUUGCCAAGUGCACGUAGAAUCCGAAGAGCAAUGUACAAAUACCCUUAAUAUCGAUUCACACAAUAAAAGUAGUCAAACUCUUGAAGAUGUAAUAAAGGAAGAAAUUCAAUACGUAAUAAAGGAAGAAACUGUUCAGACGAGUCUCACCGAAGAAGAAGAUGAUCAAGAUAUUAAAGAUGUUACGUUAAAUGAAGUAACAAAAUUAAUGGUAAAAUACGAUGAUGUAAAAACAGAGUACAAAGAAAAAUGUCGGAUAUUAGAAGAAACAUGUCAUGAAAUGAUACUUUUGAAACAAAAAGUAGAAGAGCUAUCAGAAGAAAAUCGUACAAAUAAAAUUGUAAUUGAAGAAUACAAGCAGUCAAUUGAAUUGCUUCAGAAGGAGCUUUCGAUCAUGAAAGAAGAUAAAAAUCAUAUUAAAGAAACAUUACAAAGUACGGAUAAUAUGAAAGCAGCUUUGGAAAGUAAAAUUAAUGAUUAUGAGCAACGACUUUCUGAUACUGAACAGCAACUUACGGUUGCUAGAAAUGACUAUGACCAAUGUGCACAGGUAUGCUGUUUUUGUUUGCUUGAAUAUAUUUUACGUUUCAGGUUUCAGAGGUAUUUUUUAUAUUUACAGAAAUUGAAUACUCUACAAACAGAUUUUGAUUCUCAUAUCCAGAAGUGUAAAAAUGAACAUGAACAAACAAUAAAUAAUUUACAAAAAGAUCUUUCUAUUGCAAUAGAGAAGACUAAUUUAAAAUCACAAUGUUUAGAUGUUCACGCCGCGAAAAUUGUUGCACUAGAACACGAUCUUGAGAGCGUAACAGAGCUUAAACAACAAAUUGAUGAAUUGAACAAAAAUUUAGAAAAAUGUCAAGCGGAGAAAGAUAGUUUACAAAAAUUGUUGGACGAGAACAAUGAUAGACUUCUAGAACUUGAAGAACGUUUGGAAUUCGCGCAGGAAAAAGAAAACGAAAAAGACGAAGAAAUAAAUGCGCUUCAAAGAGAAAUGAAGCAACUGAUACAACGAAAUGAAAAUGACGAUAAAAGUGAUAAAUUAAUGGAAAUGGAAAUGAAGAAUGCAAUUAGAGAAUUAACAGAAGCAAAAGAGAAACUUUCUCGAAAACAAGAAUAUAUCGCUGAGUUAGAAUUACGCGUUAAAAAUAGUGAACAAAAUGCUAAAAUUUUAGAUCUUUUACAACAAAGCGCUCAAGAAAGACAGGCAGAAAAUGAAAGAUUAAGAACCAUGAAUCAAGAGUUAAAAAAUAAUUUGCUCGAAAAAGAACGUGAAAUGGAGUCGUUUAUGAAAAACAGGGAUGAUAUGGUCAUAAAAUAUGAAUGUUUAGUGAAGAACCAGCAAGAAGAAUUGGAAAAACAGAAACAAAAGUUAUUAAAAAGUCAUUCUAAAGAUAGAGAUUAUUGUGGGAACACGUCUGAGGAUGAAGUGGUGCACAAAGAACGACGGACUAGGCGACCACCAAAAAAAUAUACGCCGACAUCGCCGAAGCAGGAUGAUAUAUCAAUGAUCGAUCUUUCAAGCUCCGACUCCAAAAAUACAAAACGUGCCCUUUUACCACCGCCAGAUGUAGAACCACUUUCAGAAAAAAAGAAGACUACUCGUAAGAAGAAGCUGUUUAUAAAAGAUGAUUCUUUUCAAGAUAUCGAACCACUUGAGAGUGCAGUAAUAAUUACCCCUUCGACGAAAACACGUACUUUAAGGAGUAGACGAAGAAAUGUGUAAAUAAAAGGUAUCACUUAAAGCUAAAUUAUAACAUAAAUUAGGAAGAAAAAAGAAGAAAUCAUCACAGUGCCAUCUAUAAUGUUACUGUGUGUAAUGUUAUUAACCUGGACAUGUUUGUGAUAUUUCUAAUACAAAGUUAAUUUUAUAUAUAAGAAUAAUGGAGCAGUAUUUUUGUAUUCCUCAGUCAUAUACUUCAAAUUAAAAUAUGUAAUUUUUUAAAAUACCUUCUGUGUUUUAUUGACUGCAUCUAAAAAUGAUCUACGAAAUUGUGUAAUAAGAAUGCAAAUAUUGAUUCAAAUAAUCAUCUCUAUAAAUAUGACUACUGAUGUUACAAAACAAACUGUUUAUGAUUUAUGCUUUAGGCCAAUACUUUAUUUUAUUCUUUACAUAAAAAGCAUUAUACGGGAGGAAUAGACGGGUACUAAGACUUAUUAAGCUAUUUUUGAUAUUUUUUGUUGUCAGUUUAUUUCUCACGAGGUACACGACCUUUAUUGUUUACAUUCCGCACUUAUAUUAAUUAUUCUCUUAAAUAAUUCCGUAAUUAAUGCUUCAUCUCCUUAUACUCUCAAUAAUAUUCAUAAUAUAUUAUCAUACUUUCAAUGGAGUCAACAACAUAUAUAUAUAUUUUUUAUUUAUUUAUUUUCAUAUGUAUAUUAUGUAUAUUUAUGUAUAUAUAUAUAUGCGUAUAUAUAUACGUAUUGGAUGUAUGUUCAUUCUUACGAGCGAAUGCACUGUACCGUAGGAUAGCUUUUAUUUUAUUACACAAUUCACAGAGAUGUUUUGAAAUAAGAGGGAUUGCCGAAGUACACCAUGAUUAAUUAUUUUUCUUCUUUCAGUUGGCCAUUGAAGUGUGUACGUGUGU